AUGAGUUCUGCUCCCGUAUCUAUGGAGGACCAGCAAAAACUUUUAGAGGAAGCAUUGAAUGUGGUUAAAGUUCAAGCAUUUCAAAUGAAAAAAUGCCUGGCAAACAACAAACUUAUGGAUGGCUUGAAACAUUGUUCUACGAUGCUAGCAGAAUUGCGUACGUCCGUAUUGACACCAAAAAAUUAUUAUGAACUCUAUAUGGCAAUUUUUGAUGCUCUCCGACACCUCACAACAUAUCUUAUUGACGCGCAUAUCUCAGGAAAGCAUCACCUUGCAGACCUUUAUGAGUUAGUGCAGUACGCAGGAAAUAUUAUUCCACGUUUAUAUCUUAUGAUUACUGUCGGGAGCGCUUACAUGUCACAGAGAGAUGCACCAGUCAGAGAGAUUAUGAAAGAUAUUAUGGAGAUGUCUCGUGGUGUACAACAUCCGACGCGUGGAUUAUUUUUGAGGCAUUAUCUGAGUGGAAUGACGAGAGAUUCAUUACCUGUCGGGAGUGAUAAUGGUCCGCAAGGCAACCUUCAGGAUUCAAUUUCAUUUAUUCUUACUAAUUUUAUUGAGAUGAAUAAGUUAUGGGUCCGCCUUCAACAUCAGGGGCAUUCGCGUGAUCGUGAAAAAAGGGAGAUGGAACGUAAAGAAUUGAGGAUUUUAGUCGGAACGAAUUUGGUUCGCCUGAGUCAAUUAGAUGGUGUUGAUUUAGAGCUGUAUCAAAAAAAAGUAUUACCAGCAAUAUUAGAGCAAGUCAUUAAUUGUAAAGAUGUUAUUGCUCAAGAAUAUUUAAUGGAAGUCAUCAUCCAGGUAUUCCAUGAUGACUUUCAUUUGAGAACACUUGGUCCAUACUUGUCAGCCACCGCACAACUACAUCAAAAAGUUAAUAUAAAACAGAUUGUUAUUGCACUUAUUGAUCGUCUUGCUGCCUAUGCUGCUCGUGAAGCAGAUUCUGAACCACCAGAAGUGGUUAAACGUCAGGAAGAAGAAGCUGCUCGUAGGCUAGCUGAAAAAUUGAGAAGGCAAAAAAUUAGUGGAUACAGUGAUGAAAAAGAAUAUGAUGAUGAUUUACCCGAAGAAGAACCUCAAGAAGAAUUGGAUAAUGAUGACCUUUCAUCAAAUAAUAUAAAAUCUGAUGAGGAACCCACCGCAAAAAAAUUCCGUGGUAUUCCAGAAGAUGUAAAACUCUUUGAGGUUUUCUGGGGGCAAAUUGUCGAGUUGGCACGUCGCGAUUUAUCCAUCCAAGAUAUCACUGCUUUGUUGGUAUCUUUGGUUAACUUAUCAUUAAGUUGUUAUCCUGACAAGAUUGAAUAUGUUGAUCAAGUCAUAGAGUUUGCAAAACAAAAGGUUUUGGACUUCCAAGAUAGUCCUGAUUUACAUAGCCCGGCCGCUACUUCCAAUUUGCUCAAUCUACUUUUGGCACCAAUCAAUAAUUAUUCUUCCGUUAUCACUCUUCUUGCAUUGCCCAAUUAUUCUGCACUUCUCUCUGUUCAACCGUUCCAGACUCGCCGUUCUGUUGCACAUGCCAUUGUUUCCUCUAUACUCAAGAAUGAAACGAUUAUCGAGACUCCUCAGGAAGUUAAUUGCAUACUAGAUCUUUGCAGUGUCCUAACGCGUGAUCAAAAGGAUGCUACCCUUUCAAGUCCAUUUAGUGGGCUUACUGGUGGGAGAAAUACAAGAUCUGGUGGUGUUCCGCCGAUGAUGGAUCCGGAAGAAUUCGCAGAAGAGCAAGGAUGGCUUGCAAGGAUAAUUCAUUUAUUCAAAUCCCGUAAACAAUUUGCAGAAGGUGGGGAGAGAAUACGAUACACUUUCCCGCCUCUUGUUGCAUCGGCCGUUAAAUUAGCAAGAAGAUAUAUACAGAUGCAACAACGCGACGAUGGUUGGGAGAAAAAAGUACAUACCCUCUUCCGCUUUAUUCACCAGGUCAUUACUACUCUAUAUAACAAAGUUGAGUGUUCAGAGUUAUGUUUGCGAUUGUUCCUUCUCGCUGGUCAAAGUGCUGAUGAAUGUGGGUUUGAAGAAAUAUGUUACGAAUUCUUUGUUCAGGCAUUUACCAUUUACGAAGAAUCGAUUUCAGAAUCGCGCAUACAAUUUCAAGCUAUUACGCUCAUUAUUGGCACUUUACAAACUACUAGUGUGUUUGGCCCAGAAAAUUACGAUACUUUGAUUACCAAAUGUGCUCUGCAUGGAAGUAAAUUACUUAAAAAACCGGAUCAAUGCCGUGCAGUUUAUCUUUCUAGUCACCUAUGGUGGGCUACUGAGAUUGAAGGAAGAAAUAACAGACCAACUGAGGAGUUAUAUCGCGAUGGCAAGCGAGUUCUUGAAUGUUUACAAAAAGCCCUUAAAAUUGCAGAUUCUUGUAUGGAUUCUGUAACUAACGUGGAACUAUUUGUGGAAAUCUUGAAUAGAUAUAUAUAUUACUUUGAAAGGAAAAAUGAAGCUGUUACUGUUAAAUAUCUCGAUGGUUUGAUUGAUCUUAUUAAUACUAAUCUUACUAAUAUGGACAGUUCGGACCAACAUCCCCCAACAUCUGCUUCAUCAGCCCUUAUUGAACCUGAAGGAAAUUUAUCAGAGUUUGUUUUAAGACAUUUCAAAUCAACCCUUAAUCAUCUUAAUAUGCGAAAAGAAGCAGUACUUGAUGCUAAAGUACAAGGUGACAUUUUUCAGCAAAGAUAUGACGAUAUAAAUACAAAUGUCUCUUUGUGA